GCCUUGCCGGCAGCUCUCCCUGGCUUGGGCCUGAACGGCGACAGGCCAGCUCUGGGAAGAGAAGGGGGCUACAGAGUCUUUGCCUUUGAGCCUGAAGCCGAAGAUGCCAAAGCUUCCGAGCUGCCGGCAGCCAAGAAGCCGAAGGGCCGCAAGCACGCGCCCGAGGCAGCGGAGGUCGAAGCCAUGCUGGAAGAAGCGGCGGCAGUCCUACGCACGGAUUGCCCUUACGGGGCACUCCCGGAAGUCUUCGCACCGGCCGAGGGCCUUGCCAUCCUGUCUGCAAUGAUUGACCGUCCACCGAAGUACCAGGAAAAGUACCUCGGCCAGGAGUGGUCCAUCUUGACGAAAGUGUGGGCACUCGCCGGAUCUCCUACGGGAGACGAAGGAAAGGACAUAGCUGUGGUGGACAUCGGCGCCGGGAACGGGAGCUUGGCUUUGCUGGCGGCGCUGCUCCUGGGGGGCCACGCCGUGCUCGUGGAUCACACGCUGCCUCCGGAGCCGCUUCGCGUCGAGGGCCGGCUCCCCGCAAGCUACCAGCAGCGGAUUCUCCGCGUCACCGGGGAUGUGGGGGAUCUGGAUGCACAGGAGGCUCUGGAGCCGGUACUGGCCAAGCAUGGCCUUGGCAGAGUGGUCGUGAUCGCCAAGCAUCUCUGUGGUGUGGGAACCGACCUGGCUCUGAAGUUGCUCCGGCGAUGGCGUCGCGAUGGCCUGACAUCGGAAGCUCACCACGCAGAGGUCCUGGGAGCAGUGAUUGCAACGUGCUGCGGCCACAAAAUCGGCGCCGAAGACGCGCGGGUCUAUCGUGAGAUCCACUCGGAGGAUCCCUACUUAUCCCGGAUCACCGGCCGAAGCGAGAGCUCUGCAAACGGCGAGGAGGGAGCCAGGCUGGAGGCUUUCCUUGGCAUCUGCACCCGCUGCGUCGCCUGGCGCACCACUGCAGGGGCAAACGCGAAUCGAAUCACGGACAGGCAAGUCAAAGCAGCCGAGCUCUUCGAGGAUGCGCUACAAGAGCCCCGACUGAACCUGCUGCGGAGCCUCUUUCCUGCGGCGACAGAGGUGGCCUUCGUCCCGGCGAAGCAGUCGCCUCAAAACCGCUGUCUGCUCGCCGGCUCACGCGAAGGCCUUGAGACGGCUCUGGCCACGGCGUCCGACUCCGAUACUCAGGAGAAGGUGCUCUGGACCUGCGGCCGCAUGGACUGGUUUCGACCAGGUUCGACUAUGAUGGAACCUGAUGACCGGACAAGACUGGGCCCCUGCAUCUCUGGUGAGCUGAUUGCAGACUGUGCGCUGACGGGAGCAACGACCUUAAUUACUUCCGAACCAGACAGCAGGCAUGUCCAGGCAUUCGAACUAGUGCAUGAAAGCAAGAAGUUCAAUGUUGACCACUCAGGGAUCUGCGACAGAGAUACGGAGAUCACGCCUGCAGCCUCUGUGGCUCGAGCCUUGUUACUGAUGCCGAAGGGCAGCUUCAAGGGGGAGGGCCGUGGGCCGCGGAAGCGCCGCCGAUGCAAGGAGCCAGAGCCAAAGCCGGCCGAGCCCCCCGAGUCCACGACCAGGCACAUCUUCCAGCCCUACAGCCGUGCCGCUGUGGAGAGCGUCAUCACCGGACCGCGGCCUCGAAGAGCCCCGCAGGCUCGGGCAACUUUGCCGCCAGCUCCCCACCACAAGCCGGGGCAGCUGCGCCGUCGUGUUCAGGUCCCCCAGCCACCAAAGCCUCCGAAGCCCGUGGAGCUCAGUGCGACGGAAGAGGCCAAGCAACCUGAGCUCCAAGAGCUUGCUGCCAAGAGUGUUUUUGGCAGUGUCCCAUCAGAGGCCUCGGAGCCUUUAACCUGGCCGAAACCCUUUCAGACGGCCCUGGUGUCCACAAUGCCGGAGCAGCUUCAGGUCACGCACAUGCAGAGAAGGCGUGCUAUGGCCAGUCUCGGUGAGAAGCUGGCCAUCCUCUUGCCGGAUGGACGAUCCGAGAGCGGCACUGGAUCACUUCUGAUCGUUCCCCCUGUUUCGGCCACCCGGCCACCUUUGCAGCCGGAACGGCCGGAACAUCGGGAACGGGAGAUUCUGCAGACGCAGGAUACUCAGCUUGAGAGCCUUCGUCGGCAGCAAGGCAUCAAGUUGAUAGAUGCCCCCAUCCCUGCCAAAGUACAGAGCUUGUCCCAGAAGCUGUCGGCGCUGCUUGGGCCACCUGCACCCCAGCACUGCGACUCGCCAGAGCGGCGGCCAGCCGCAGAGCCCAGUCAGCUUCUCCGGCAAAAUGCUGCGGAGGUUGUUUGCAAGGUUGACUUGCUGACGGAUGGAGUGUUGGAGCAUCUCCUUGGAGAUGCGGUCAGCCGGCUGGAUGCUCUACCAGAGAAGCGCCCUCAACAGCACAAAACGUGCUAUGCGCCUGCAGAAGCUCGUCGGCCACAGCGAGACGAGCAAGAAGAAGACAGGCAGCUGCAAGACCCGAGGAGAGAAAGCUUGGGGAAGCUUGUGCAGAAUGCCGAAGACCGGUUGGAGAUGUUGGAGCAAGAGCUCAAAGUGACGUACCUCCACCGGCAGGAGUCCACCUCUGCGAGGGGUGCCAAACAGGAAGUUCGCCAUUUGCCCGCGAGCUUUCGAGGAGCGCCAGAAGAGGAGGAAGAGGGCUGGAGAUUCGCUUCGCUGCCAGCAGCACGGAUCCGUGAGCUGGAGCGAUACCGUGCUCGCUUUGCCCGGCACUGCCUGGCAGCCCGGGAGGCAGGGAUCCAAAGUGGUCCUGGAGCUCGGACUGCCACCUGGGUGAUUUGGCCAUUUCUUGCGGACAGCAUCGCCAUGGCUGCAGUGGAGGCGGCCAUUGAGGAGGUGGAUGCUGCCAUGGAGGGGUACGUUAGUGGCUUGAUGGAGCUGGAGAUUGGGGAAUGCGAAGAUGACGACGUAGCCACUGCGCCUGUGUAG